AUGGAGACUGGUGGAACAGCUACCUCACUAGGAUGCAAGGGAGGAGGACCGCCCCUUCCUCCAUCUAGUCUGCCAACUUACAGUGUCCUGUCAAGAACGGAGUCUGAAGUUAAGACAAAUCCCAUAGAGCUACUAGUCGCCGCAUGGAGAGGCUACAAAGUUCCAGCAGGAUACAAGUCACUGGAAAGGGAAACCAACAUUCCUGAGUAUUCAGCAGAUAGAUUAACCCUCUGCGCAAGUUUGCAAGUUGCGAAUUAUUUCCUUGGUUACUGCGAUUCUGGGGGAUACCAUGGAUGCAUUUUCAGAGGCUUUUCCCAGACAGUGUUUAUGAUGGCCUCCCGUCUGAUGGUGGUGCUAAUGUCUGUUGAGCGCUUUAUUGCACUGAGAUAUCCGUUCAAGUACAGUAGUUUGAUGUCGAAGGAAAGAGUUAUUGGUGCCGUUGUUGGAUUAGGAAUUUACGCAAUAUUCGUUUCGUGCUUGCCCAUUAUGGGCGUAAACAGUUACGGCUAUCAAUCCUGGUGUGACUUUCAUUGGAACGACAGAUCUUCAGGGGGACGAUUUUUUGUGCUUUAUUUUGUUUUUGAAGGUUUUACUUGCAUGGCAGUCAUUGUUUUCUGCAAUAUCUCCGCCAUCUAUGAGCUAAUCCGCAUGAACAAAGUGCAUCCAAUAGACACAAGAUCAAAACUGGACAAAGAUCACACAAAAUUUAUAGUGAUGAUGGUGGCUAUUUCCGUUGUAUAUAUAGUCUUCUCAUCACCCCUUUUAGUACGCCUUUUCUGUAACCAACUGGCUAUCGAUCUUUCCAAACAAAAAGACUUUGUUGGAAUCCGCCUGAAUAUUGUCAACAACAUGAUGAAUGCCCACCUGUUUCUUUUCAUUCAAUUUCUUUUCCAUCCGAAGGUACUUGAAAAGUGGAGGAGGUGUUUCGGCAGAGGUAGAAAUGAGGAUCCCAGUUCUACAAUUCCAACAACCACCACCUCAUAA